AUGAGAUCUCUGUGCAACAUUUUGUCCAUUGUCUUGUUGUUUGCCCUCACAAUUGAAGCGGCAUGGGAGUGCGGAUCCGACAAUGAUGGAUUUGGCGGUUUGUCCAAGGGAUCCUCCCAAUUCUUCGUCCAAUUGAACUGUCCUGCACUCAUGAGUAAGAAAUUUGGUUUUAAAAUACGUCUCACGCCGUUAUUAGUUUCAUUUCAAUUGUUUUAGCGAUGUUUUAGACAUCUUCCCUGAUUUUCAGGGAAAUCGUGGUAGGACUCAGAAAGUUUCCCGAAAACUUCUUGUUUUGUAAAUUCCCUGAGGUCUUCUGUUAGACUAUUCUCUUACAAAUUUAUUUCUGACAUUUUAUUACCUCAAGUCAGGUAAUUGUAAAAUUAUUUCAGAUGGUAUCAACAACUGUUGUAUAAAUCACGACGACUGCUACGACAAGCAACGAGGACAAAAGCAUUGCGAUGACACUUUCUGUCAAUGCUCCAAGGUACGCGAUUUUUUCAAUUCUCAUAAAUUUUUUAUAUUUUUGAUACAUAUUUACGAUCUCUGCUAACAAAUUUAACUUUUCCAGAAUGCCGUUAAAGACCAUCCACACUGUGGAAAGCUACGCGAUGUGCUUUGCAAAGCCGUCAGGGAUCAUGGAGCCGCUGCUUAUGCCGCGAGGUCAGUUUUUUUUUAAUUGCAAUCUUUUUUUUUAUUUUUAGGCCAUUUGAUGACAAGUAUAAUAUCGUGGCUUAAAUUAGAUGAAAAUUUCUUUCUAAAUUUUGCGAUUUGGACAGAGGCAGAGUUGUUGUAGCAUUGGGUACCGUUUCCAGUAAAUUUUUGAUGAAUUUACGGGGUUAUACGGUAAAGUCAGGGCGCAGCUCGCCACUAUUUAAAAUACGAUUUUUUGAGGUCUAGGCUAUCAAAAUGCGUUUCAAACGUUUGUUGUAGCCUGCUGACAGUUUACACUCCUCAUUUCAAUCAAUUAUAGAGCUUUUUUCAGCGGUCGCCGAGGCUAA